CCUGAUCGCCCAGCACCAGCACAUCAUCUACACGGAGUUCAUCCCCCAGAUGCUAGGCCCCCUGCACACGGCAGCCGCGGGCCUCGCACCCAGGCUGGACCCCCUUACGGGCAAACCGGCGCGAAGCCAGUACGAACCCGAACGUGACCCCCGCAUCAUGGUGGAGUUCACGACUGCCGCGUACCGCUUCGGCCACGGACUCAUCGACCACUUCAGCCUGGUCAACUGCCGGGGAGGGGUCGUGCCCUUCUCGCUCUCGGACCGCUUCUUCCAGGUUCAGGACUUUUACCAACCGGGCACGUGGGUGAGGUUUAUGCGCGGCCUCUGCCUGCAACCGGGCCGGCCCGCUGGCUCGGCCCUCUCGGACUCCGUGCGCGCCCACCUGUACCGGAACCAGAGCAGCCAGGCGGGCCUGGACCUGGCCUCGAUCAACGUGCAGCGGGGCCGAGACCACGGCAUACCGGGCUACGGCCACUGGCUACGUCGCUGCCUCGGACGUCACAUGACCAACUUCGAGGACCUGACUCCCUACGUGCCGCCGGAGAACAUCGAGAUCAUGCGAAGCCUUUGGGAGCACCCCGACGACGUGGACCUGUGGGCGGCGGGACUGAUGGAGUACCCCGCCGGACCUGGUGCCCUGGUGGGACCCACAUUCGCCUGCAUCCUGGGUCGACAGUUCCGCAGCCUCAAGUUCGCCGACCGUUUCUUCUACACCCACGGACCGGGAAACAACGUGAACGCGCUCACUGACACUCAAGUGGCUGAAAUUUCCAAGUUCAGCCUGGCCAAGAUGAUUUGCGCCAAUGCCGACGAUCCGGAUACCUUCUGGGUUCAGCCACAGGUCUUCCUGCAACCUGACGAACAGACGAAUCCGCUGAUGCUGUGCAAGGACCUUCCUGACACGGACCUGUCAUCGUGGGUCCCGGCCGAGCGUCGUGUACCAAUAAGCCAAAACUUGCAACAGGACGAAUUGGGAUCUUGGCUCGAUCAUGCCAUGUGGGGAUCUAUAUUCAAGUGAACCUUGAAACCAUGACAUUCCUGGCAGCGCCCCUGAACGACUUGUUCGAACGUAGGGUCAUAUUUUCUUGUUGCUUCCACAUCACUCCUGUUUCGUUCUUCAGUCUUCCGCCAAGACUUGCGUCUUCGUAGGUCCUGGUCACGACCGACGUCAUCUCGUUGAAAAGGAAAUGUGGUCUUCCGAAGUGAUUUUGUAAAGACCGGUCCCAUCAACAGUCAAACAAAAAGAAA